AGAUGGACAUGUGGCGCUUUCUCCAAUGCUGAUGUGGCAAGCAGCUGAAGAAAGUUGACCAAGUUUUAUAUAUAAAAUUGUCCGUUAGUAAUCAUUGUGAGACACGGUGAUCCUUGGCUGAUUUUCACACUUAUCUAUACGUAAUAAUUAAAUAUGAUUUUUUAUUAAAUAAUAAAUAAAUACGAAUCUACAAUAAGAUAUAAGAACAAUCAAGCAAAGCUGUGUUCCUCAUACACAGCCCAAAGGAUCUUCCAACAUGGGUUCUCUUGACUUGCCUAACGCUUCAUCAUUCAAGGGAGGAAGUGAAACAUUUCUCCUGGACGUGCUUGAAAGUAUACUGAAAACUUACUUGAGGAAGAAUCCGAUGGCGAAGACGGUGUGGGAACUAGUUCAGUCGGUGGACAACGAAAAGAUCUCCUACGACCAUUUCUUUUUCAGGACAUUCAAGGUCGAUGGUUACGGAAUAGACUCCUUGUCGAAUUUUUUCAUGGAUUAUGGAUACAAGAUUGGAGGCAAACUUGAUUUUCCAAAGAAGAAGGUACGAGUUCUCUGGCUCUCUCCUCCGGAUCUUCACGUUCCCGGUUAUCGUCACGGUCUAGGCAACGGCCCUUUGCCACGACUUGUUUUCGCUGAGCUUCUUGUGGACAAACUGAGCUCUGAAUCACAGGAUAUAAUAAGGAAGUAUUUGAAACCUCAAGGUGGUAAGCAAGCGAUCCUUUCAAGCACUUUGGGGUCUUUAAUUUGGGAGAAGCCAACAUCCACCGACUUCAAUCAACUUGCCAAAGAAAGUGAAUAUGCGGCAUGGACGCUUAUCCACGGCUACACGAUGAACCAUCUUGCUUUUGCGGUUCAUCGACUUAAACACCGUUUCAGUGACAUCAAAUGCGUCCAAGAGUAUCUCGAAGAGCAGGAAUUCGAACUCAACAAGGAUGGAGGAGUUCUCAAAGUGAGUCAAGAUGGUCUACUAUUACAAGUGUCGUUGAUGUCGGAGAAACUUCCGGUUGAAUUUGCAGACGGUGUAACUGAAACCACCACGGCUUCAUACAUUGAGUUCGUUCAACGUCUAAUUCUUCCAGAGUUUAAAGAUUUGCCGUGUGAUGAGAUCAGAGAAUUCCAUAGGCGUGAGGGACUCGAGCAGGCUAGCGCCUAUCACAUAAUGGAAAGCACUCGUUUCACAGCACAAGUCUAGAACCAGACUUGUCUUGUUCGGCUCACUAUGUCAAAUAUGUGUAUCUUUAAAUGUUUGUAUGUUAACUAGACCAUCUGUGUGCUAGAUCUUUAUGCUGGUAUUUGCUUGUGAAGUGAUGGUAAUGAUGAAUAAUGGAAUUUGUGAUGCUUUUCAUUUUUCAAAUAUAAUAAUUUGUGUGAAUGCUAUGUAUGUUGCU